AUGGCUGCGGGCGGCGUGCCCGGGCUGCUGGUGCUGCCGGGAGCCACGGGCCGGCGGCCCGGCUGCUUCAGGCGGCAGCUCGAGGGGCUGUGCCAGGUCUGCUGCAAGCAGGGCCGCUUCGCCGCCCUCGAGGCCUCGGGGCUGCUCYUGCUCUCCGGCCCCGAAGUGGGCUUGGAAAGAUACGUGGAAGUGAGGAGCAAGGAGAAGGUGCAAUGCCUGGACUGCGAGGCAACACACCUGCUCCUGCUCUCCUCUGACGGGAAGCUCUGCGAGCACUGGCCGACAGCUUCGCCUAACCGCUUUGAGACGAGGCUGCUGGUAGAGCUGGGAGACCGCCACAUUGUCCAGAUAGCCUGUGGGGACCAUCACUCCCUGGCGCUGUCGAGAGGAGGGGAGCUCUUCGCGUGGGGCCGCAACGCCCACGGGCAGCUCGGAGUGGGAAGGCAGGUGGGCAGCAGCYGGGAGCCGCAGCUCGUGGAAGGGCUCAAGGGCAUCGCGCUCGCUCAGGUGGCCGCGGGAGGAGCCCACAGCCUCGCCGUGUCCUUCUCCGGAGCUGUCUACUCCUGGGGGAAGAACGAGUCUGGGCAGCUGGGACUCGGGCACACAGAAGGCAGGGACUGCCCCUCAUAUGUUGCAGCCUUACAGCACUGGAAGACUGUGUUUAUCUCGUGUGGGGCAGAUCACACCGCAGUUCUCUCCAAGGACGGGCUGGUGUGCACCUUUGGAGCRGGAGAGGCUGGACAGCUUGGUCACAACUCAACCCGCAACGAAGAAACCCCUCGCGUGGUGGCUGAGCUGUGGGGAGCAAGAGUGUCCCAGGUGGCCUGUGGAAGACGACACACUCUGGUCUAUGUCCCCGCCUUGGGCAAAGUCUACUCAUUUGGUUCAGGAGAAGAAGGACAGCUGGGAAAUGAGGGCAAGUCUAAUCAGCUGAUACCCCUUCCAGUCAACUUACCUGUGGAUAGCAGAAAACAUAAUCAAGGGAGCGGUACAUCCAAAAAGGAGAUUAAAAUUAUUGCAGGAGGCGAUCAAAGUAUUGUUCUGCUGUUGAAGAAACGUAACUGCUAUGCUAAUUUGGAUAGAAUUGCCACUGUGGAGGAUGUCUGGAUUUCUGCUUCCCAUUUGCGGAAGUGGGGGAACAKCAAGACUCUUAGUCUCAUCUUUUCAUCUGAAGCGUGCAUCAAUGGAAGCUUCUUGGAAAAGAGGGACAGACAUUUCAGAACAUCUAAAGAAAUCUCGGGUGUCAACUUGGCAGCAGUGCUACGUUUUUAUGAGAUGAUCAGCUGCAAGCCUGAGCUCUUUGAAGAGAUGAAGCAGAAAAUUAAGAAGCUGCUGAUAUCGCUGUCUUCGUCUCCCAUCUCACCUGAAAACUUCAGAAUGUACUUGAUCUUGCCGUUGCUUUUGCGGGGAGACGAUGACAUCUCUUACCAUUGUCUUGGUCUGCUAGCACAAGCCAUCAUGAAACUGCAGGCAAAAGACYUGCAAACUCUGGAAUCCUUGUGGUCCCAUCUGGAGCCUCGCUUCCUUGAAGAGGUGGUCAGCACAUACCAGAGGUCUUCCCGGAAGAGUCUCUCUAGGUAUAUCGGGCAAGUGCUGUGUUGCCAAAGGAACCCCUCUGAUCUGCAUUGCCACGAAAUGGCACAUCUGAAGCUACUACAGAUUCUUUCUGAGGUGAACUCCAGGGCUGGUUCUGCAAUAUCUCAAAACAACUUUUACAUACCUGGAGUGAGACAAGUUCUCGUAAUUAAUUCCUGGGUGGAUGUGAAGCAAACUGUUUUAUGGGAGCUGAUCAAAUACCCAUGUAUCUUCAACAUGCAAGAUAAGCUUGUAGUUCAUGCUAUAGAAUGCAGGGCUCUGUCCACAGGAUCCUCCCUGAAUGUGGUAAACACUCCAGUGGCAGAACACACAGCAUGGGCUUUUCCAGUCAGACGGCAAUACCUUCUGCAUGACAUAUGGCAACACUUAAAAAGUGCAUUACCUGAGAACUUCACAAGGAUAUUAAAAGUGAGCUUCGCCGGGGAGCCCGGCAUCGACGACGGCGGCCUCUCCCGCGAGCUCUUCAGCGCCGCUGCCAGGGCCCUCUGCCAGCCCGGCGACGGACCCUUCGUGCGCCUGGACUCCCAGUUGGUCUGGUUCCCCCGGCAGGCUCCUGGCGACGCCUUCUUCCUGGUGGGCACGCUGCUGGGCAUGGCGCUGUACAACCGUUGCACGGCGCCCUUGCCCUUCCCGAGGGCGCUCUACAAGAAGCUGCUGCAGCAGCCGCCCACACUGGACGACUUGAAGGAGCUGUGGCCCACAGAGGGCAGGCUUCUUCAGAACAUUUUGGAUGAGGAACACGAUGCCUUCGAGGGCCUGUACUUCAUGACAUCAGAAGAAGAAGGAAACUCCAUAGUUGGCGUUGAACUUAAAGAAAAUGGUGGCAACAUUGCUGUCACUAAGCAUAACCGCAAGGAAUAUGUUGAUUUGUAUGUGAACUACAUGCUCAAUAAAUCAGUUCAGAAGCCCUUUGAGGACUUUAAGCGAGGUUUUUCAAGAGGCUGUCCAACUAAAACAUGGAAGAUAUUUCUUCCUGGAGAGAUCCAGACUGUUCUGGAGGGACAUGUGAACUAUGACUGGCAUCAGCUGGAAAAGAAUGUGCAGUACAUAAAUUAUCAGAAGUCUGAUCGAACCAUCAAGAAUUUUUGGAAUGUGUUUCACAGACUCCCAGAAGAAAAAAAGAAAAUGUUUCUCGCUUUUUUGUCAGGAUCUGAUCGAAUUCCUGCAGCUGGCCUGCCAUAUUUUGUAUUUCAUAUUGCAGAUCCUAAUAAGGAAGAUCCAGAYGCAUGGUAUCCUUGUAGCAAUACUUGCAGCCUCGUUUUGUCACUCCCCAGAUACAGCUCUAGAGCAAUACUGAAGGAAAGGCUCCUCUCUGCCAUAACACACUGUGAGGAAUUUGGCUUAGCCUAAUUUUUGGUGGGGAGUGCUUUAAAACUCUCAAAAACAAGCCAACAGAAAAUUCAGAACUGGUCUAACAUUUAAUAGUUUUUUUUUUUUUUACAUCUCUGAUGUGGGGUUUUUCUUCAUAUCCUCUGUUAUUUUUACUGAGCUUUCUAAACAUUUUGUACAUUCCUGAGGAUAUAUAUUUACUAUAAAAAGGAGCUUACAUCAGAUUUCUGAUUGUUAGAUGACUCAAGUUAGGCAAGAAGCAAGUUAGUAAACAGAUGUAUUUAUGUAUACAUCCAUCUUCUCUGUACUAUAUGAUACUGUUGAGUAUAGCAAGAGGAAGGCAAAUUUUUCAUCCAUAUUAGUGAUGGAUUUUCUUCGUGAGSACUUUCUUCGAAGGAGACCUGUUUCUGAAAACUGUGAAUUGACUGAGCUGUCAUCACUCACCUCAAUACURCCUUGGAUUGACCUGACAACAGUUCUCAUGAUGAAGAUAUAAAUGUUCUUUGACUUGGUGAAAGGCCUUAUUUUUAAAGCGUUAAUGUGCAUUAAAUUAUUUAAGGUGAUAGUACUGUGGAAUUUGUCUUGUUUGCUUUUUAUUUUCUAUAUAUGUAGAUGAUUGGCAAUAGAAUAUUAUGCCUGCAGAAGCAUGCAGUGCCUUCACAAAGCCUUUGAACACGCCGAGAACAAUGCCUGACCCUUCCGGCACRUUCAUAAUGUACAA